UACAAAGAAGCCUCAGCAGACAUGGAAGAUCAGACACGAACAUUCAAAGACAGAUUUAUUUAGAAACUUCUGGAAAUUCAAGGAUCGAUUUGUCAUCGGAUGAACAACGGAGACUAAACAUUAGCCUCGACGAUGUUAAGGUGAGGGGAAACCGAGAGACACAACCACGGACUUCAGCUAGAAGUAAAGGUGGCUGGAUUAUUUCCUAACCCUGGCCUGAAUUAAUUUGUGCUGACGGAUUUGGAAAGCGUUAAUCCGAGGUGCGCCUGUUAAAAGCCCGACCCCGGGCAGCUGCCUCCACUGGUAGCAGCUCCUUCACCUCCUUCUCCACCUCCACCUCCUCCGUCUGUCUGUCUCUUCUGAGCAACUAAAGAACCAUCAGUGAAGGGCCGACCGCGAAACACCGGCCGCGACCAUGAAUGGCACCGAGGGGCCGUACUUCUACGUCCCCAUGGUCAACACCACGGGGGUCGUCAGGAAUCCGUAUGAAUACCCACAGUACUACCUGGUCAGCCCAGCGGCCUACUUCGCCCUGGGCGCCUACAUGUUUCUCCUCAUCCUCCUGGGGUUCCCCAUCAACUUUCUCACCCUCUACGUCACCAUUCAGCACAAGAAGCUCCGGACCCCCCUGAACUACAUCCUCCUGAACCUGGCCGUGGCCAACCUCUUCAUGGUCUUCGGAGGAUUCACCACGACCAUGUACACCUCCAUGCACGGCUACUUCGUCCUCGGUCGCCUCGGCUGCAAUCUGGAGGGGUUCUUUGCCACCUUGGGGGGUGAAAUCGCGCUCUGGUCUCUGGUGGUUCUGGCCGUUGAAAGGUGGUUGGUCGUCUGCAAGCCAAUCAGCAACUUCCGCUUCGGGGAGAACCACGCCAUCAUGGGUUUGGGUGUGACCUGGAUGGGGGCCAGCGCCUGCGCCGUGCCCCCUCUGCUCGGCUGGUCCCGCUACAUCCCCGAGGGCAUGCAGUGCUCGUGUGGAGUCGACUACUACACCCGCGCCGAGGGCUUCAACAACGAGUCGUUCGUCAUCUACAUGUUCAUCUGCCACUUCUGCAUCCCACUCGUCAUCAUCUUCUUCUGCUAUGGCCGACUGCUGUGUGCCGUGAAGGAGGCCGCCGCCGCCCAGCAGGAGUCCGAGACCACCCAGAGGGCAGAGAGGGAGGUGACCCGCAUGGUGGUCAUCAUGGUCAUCGCGUUCCUCAUCUGUUGGGUUCCCUACGCCAGCGUAGCCUGGUACAUCUUCACUAACCAGGGCUCGGAGUUUGGUCCUCUCUUCAUGACCAUCCCCGCCUUCUUUGCCAAGAGUUCGUCCAUCUACAACCCACUCAUCUACAUCUUCAUGAACAAGCAGUUCCGCCACUGUAUGAUCACCACCCUGUGCUGCGGGAAGAAUCCCUUUGAGGAAGAGGAGGGGGCGUCCAGUACCAAAACCGAGGCCUCCUCCGCCUCCUCCAGUUCUGUGGCUCCGGCGUAAGAGCGUCCACCAAGGUUUCGUGGUCCGCUCCGAGAGACGAAGACUUCUGCUCCGACCCAGGAAACGACCGAAGGCUCAUGUCUGCAGAAUAAAUACCUUUUUGUAUUAACACAAACCAGUUGGUUCAACCUAAAGACAGUGGGCAGACCGUGGCCCAUUACAGUUGUACCUGUAUAUACAGAUUGUGAUCUUGUUCUUUCACCAGAGUUCUGGGGAAAGUUCUGUGUUCCACUUUGAUCCUCUUUGAUUUUGGCUUAUUUCUGAACGUAGAAGCAUGUAAUGAAGUAACCUUAAAUAAACGCACUCUGCAAACCACUCCUGCUGUUCGUCUGUUC